AUGGCAUUGCUGAGUCAUAAGAGUUGUUCAAUAUUACCAUGCACUCCAACAACAGAAUUGAAGAAGGAAACAAGGAUAAUUGCAUUCGUUCCUUCAACAUCAAAUGACAAUGAAGAUAGACAUCAAUUUGAAGCUGUUGUUCUUAAUUGUUUGGGAUUAAUCACUGGCAAAAAUGAUAAAGCGGCAUCUGAUUGUGUUGAAGAGUGA